AUGAAUUUUUUAGCAGGUAUUGAUGGAGUUAAAUAUGCAAACAUAAUUCAAGGUGCGUCUAACUCAAUUGAAUUCUUGAGGUUUUUUGCUGAGGCAUUAAAUACAGUCGAUCCUAAAACCCGAAGACCAAUAAUGGAAGUUGGGGAUAUUCUAGUUGUUGACAACUUUGCUGCCCACCAUGGAGAAGCUGAAGUGGCUCUUCGCAGUUCUUUGAACGACCUAGGUAUGCAGCUCCUAUUCUUACCUGUAUAUUCUCCAGACUUCAAUCCUGCGGAAGAAGUCUUCUCCAAAAUGAAGUAUCUUUUAAAAUAUCAAUACCAAAAUAUAGUAUUUGACAACUUAGAAUAUGCAGUUUGGUGUGCGAUCGGUGAUUUAGAAGCGGCGGACUUCUACGGAUAUUACAGACAUGUAGGCUAUCUCAUUUAA